AUGCUAGUGCAAGAAGAAAAAAAGAGAAGUGAUGAUAAAUUGGAGUCCAUAAGAGAAGUAUUUGAAAUGUGGAAUCAUAAUUUGCAAGAUGGAUAUGCUCCAAGUUCAUGCAUGACAGUUGAUGAACAAUUAGUUUCAUUCAGAGGACAUUGUCCACUCUGGGUAUAUAUUCCUUCAAAACUAGGGAAAUAUAGAAUUAAAAUUUGGGCAACAUGUGAUAGUGAAACAUCUUAUACCUGGAAAAUGCAAAUCUACACUAGAAAAGACCCAGUAAAGGGUGGGGGAGACCUAGUAAAAGAACUUGAAAUUAUUGGUCGCAAUAUAACUUGUGAUAAUUUUUUUACAAGUCUAGGAUUGGCUCGAGAGCUGCUUAGCAAGAAAACUGUUUUAGGUGGAACAAUUAGAAAGAACAGAGUUGAACUUCCAAGUGCUUCCACAAAUGGAAAAGAAAUCAACAACACAAUAUUUGGAUUUCGAAAGGAUUCUAUGAUCCUAUCUUAUUGUCCCAAGAAAAAUUAUGUCGUCAUAUUUAUGAGUACAAUGCACUCUCAGCCUUCGAUUGAUUCAAAAAGUGCUGAAAAGAAACUUGAAGUUACUACAUGUUACAACAAAACAAAAGGAGGAGUAGAUACCCUAGAUAAGAUGGUAAGGACAUACACUUGCAAAAGAAUGACUCGAAGAUGGCAUGUGGUUAUAUUCUACAACAUGACUGAUAUAAGUGCAGUGAAUGUUUUCAUUGUUGCUAAACAGAUUCACUUGCAAAGUUUCAAAGAUAAAAGAAGUGAGAACCUAAUUCAGUUAGGAAAGGAACUUGCUGGAGUUAAUGCUAAACAAGAACAAGACAAACAGUCUUCUAGUUCCGCUAACAUUUCUCAACCAAACAAGAAAAGAACACAAACGUCAACCUCAUUUUGA